ACAAGGAAGGAAAUUAGACGCACGCGCUUUGGAGUGCUUUUGCCACAGUGUACGUUAUUGACAACACCAUCCGUAGCAAAGGCCAGACAAAGAAAGGAAUUAGACGCGCGCGCUUCGCAAUCGGAAUUUUUGCCACAGCUAACACUUUGGCAAUAUGAUAUACAUAGAUGGAAAUGCAUGAACAGGGCUCAUUAACGCGUUUAUUGUUCAUUGUUCAUACUGUGGGGGUUUAAAAGCUUCGAAAUUGUAGAUCCAGUCUCAAAUUGCAUCUUCUCGCAUCAUGACAUCUUUAACGUGGACUUGCCUUCAAAAAGUGAACGAAGCUCUGCUCGCAUUAGAUCGCGCAUCACCACUACCCACCGCCCACGACCACUUUCUUCCUACUCUGAUUCCAAGGCAAUAUACUCCUCCCAAACUUCAACCCUACUUCAUUUCCUCCAUGGGAAUGGUCUACCACCCAGUAUCUGGCAUUGGGUGGUACGAUGAUCUAGCCGAUCAUUUAUACCCCCAAGCCGUCGAUGAACUGGAACUCUUCCAAGAGGACACGGUAGCCAUGACACCCAGUUAUCAAGUCGACGACGUUAUAUCUUACUCUUUUUCGAAUGAAGAUGGGUCGUUCCCGAGCUUGACGUACUCUGAAAUCACACCGGAGGAGCAACAGGGAAUAUCUUCCCUCGUCCCGCUUCUCUCCAGUAGCGACUACCUCCCGGAUCAUCGAAUCGGAGAAAUCCACCGACUCCAAUCGGCGUACGAAGAAUACGAGAUAAUCACUUCUCCUGAGGAACGCGCUAUAGUCCAAGCCACAUUCAACCUCCUGAUUCGUAGGAAGGAAGAGGAGGAUGAGCAGAAAAGGCUGAGGGAACAUGAGAGGGCCAUGUACUUGGAGCAAGCAAGAUUGGACUUGCUGAACAGCUGCGUUUUAGAAGUCGAAGCAGCUCGUGCAGCUGGCGGGCAUUCUUUCUUCCCUACCCAGGAACAAUCAUUCGACUACCGCUCUCAUACCAUCGAAUGCGAAUGCUGUGAUGCUCCGAGCACUGAAGGAACGGGCGAAAUUCCCCGUUGCCCGCCUUUUGCGCCAUUUUCUCCGGAACCACCAUAUCCUAGCCACGACUUUCUUCCUGAGACAGCUACCUGGCCACCUUUUGCACCAUCAUCGUCGACCCUCCUUCAUCCUAGUCGCAUCGUCCUUCAGACUGAAGCAGUCUGGCCGCCAAGAGCGCCUCCAGCGCGCAUGUUGCCCGAUCCAAGGCUAGCCUUUGCGGAAGACCCAGCUACUUGGCUUUCUGAGUAGGCUUCUCGAUACUCCAACGAUGUCCUGCUGCAGGAAGGUACAACAAUUGACUGUAAGCGAUAACGAAAUUCGCCUCGGAAAGUUGGUAAAAAUUACC